UUCUCAACACAAACAUCAUCACAUACAGCGAGAGGGCACUUCUUGCUUCUCUGUAUCAUAUCACUCUCCUCCCAAUUCCUUUUUUUCGCUUAAUGCUUUUUCAAUUAAGAAGAAUAUAUCACAAGAACGACUAAUCACCUUAUGAAAUAAACAAAUCCCUUCAACCGUUUCCUCGAUUUCCGUCGAUUUUCAGGCUGAUCUGUUCUUGUGUUCAUUAGCAGCGUGAAAAAAUGGCGACUGAAAAUCCAGCUCAAUGCCCACCCCCUAUGAAGGCUACAUCAGAAGGGGUCUUUCAAGGAAACAACCCCUUGGAUUAUGCUCUUCCUCUUGUAAUUGUACAAAUAUGCCUUGUUCUUGUGCUCACUCGUGUUCUUGCCUAUCUUCUUAAGCCAUUAAGACAGCCUCGUGUCAUUGCUGAAAUCAUUGGUGGGGUUUUAUUGGGUCCAUCGGCUCUAGGGCGUAAUACAGACUACCUUCAUGCGGUUUUUCCUAAAAGGAGCUUACCAGUGUUGGACACAUUGGCUAAUUUAGGGCUUCUGUUCUUUCUCUUCCUCGUUGGACUUGAGCUCGACUUACAGUCACUUCGUCGGACCGGAAAGAAAGCUCUAUGCAUAGCUUUGGCCGGAAUCACAUUUCCGUUCGUCUUGGGAAUCGGUGUUUCCUUUAUCCUCCAAGACACUGUCGCCAAAGGCACAAGAGAAGCCCCGUUUAUCGUUUUCAUGGGUGUCGCGAUGUCCAUCACCGCUUUCCCUGUACUAGCGCGUAUCCUAGCAGAACUCAAACUUUUGACCACCGACGUCGGUAAAAUGGCCAUGUCAGCAGCUGCGGUGAAUGACGUGGCGGCUUGGAUCCUACUCGCGCUUGCAGUCGCACUCUCGGGCAGCGGUCGGUCUCCCCUCGUUGCCCUCUGGGUGUUCUUGUGUGGGUCCGCAUUCAUCCUUCUGAUGUCGUUUAUGAUCCCACCAAUUUUCAAAUGGAUGUCGAGAAGAUGCCCGGAAGGUGAACCGGUGGAUGAGCUUUACGUUUGUGCAACUCUCGGUGUGGUUUUGGCUGCAGGGUUUGUGACGGAUACUAUCGGGAUUCACGCGCUUUUUGGGGCUUUUGUGGUGGGCGUUUUGAUUCCUAAAGAAGGCGCGUUUGCAGGGGCGUUAGUGGAAAAAGUUGAAGAUCUUGUUUCGGGUCUGUUUUUACCGCUUUACUUUGUGUCGAGUGGGUUAAAGACGAAUGUAGCCUCCAUCAAAGGGCUUCAAUCUUGGGGGCUACUUGUUUUGGUUAUAUGUACUGCUUGUUUUGGGAAGAUUGCAGGAACUGUUGGUGUUUCUAUGUGGUGUAAGGUCCCUUUUUCAGAGGCUCUUGCUCUUGGGCUUUUGAUGAACACUAAAGGGUUGGUUGAACUCAUUGUUCUCAACAUCGGGAAAGAUCGUGGGGUGCUUAAUGAUCAAACUUUUGCGAUAUUGGUUCUGAUGGCGCUUGUGACGACAUUUAUCACGACGCCUUCGGUUAUCGCGGUAUAUAAGCCUGCAAAAGCACCUACAAAAUCGGAAUACAAACAGAGGACAAUUUACAGGAAAGGAUUUGCCUCGAGUCAAUUCCGUAUGUUCUUCACAUUCCAUGGAAUCAGAAACCUACCAACAAUUGUCAAUCUCAUUGAAGCCUCACGUGGGACUGGAAAGAAGGAGACGCUUACAGUCCACGCGAUGCACCUCAUGGAGCUCACAGAGCGAUCUUCUGCUAUCCUCAUGGUUCACAAAGCCAGGAGAAACGGACUCCCCUUCUGGAAGAAAGAUCCCAAUGUCGAUUCCGACCAGAUUGUGGUGGCUUUUGAAGCGUUUCAGCAACUCAGUAAAGUGUCAAUCCGACCAACAACCGCCAUUUCUGCUGUUUCAAGCAUGCAUGAAGAUAUCUGUAGUGGUGCAAUGGCUAAGAAGGCAGCCAUGAUUGUUCUACCUUUUCAUAAACACAUGAGGAUCGAUGGUCAACUCGGUACAACUCGUGCAGAAUACAGGCAUGUUAAUCGGAUGGUUUUGGAGCAUGCUCCAUGUUCGGUGAGUAUCUUGGUUGACCGUGGGUUUGGAGGGAACUCACAUGUUUCUGCAAGUAACGUUGACUCGCAAGUGACUGUUUUGUUCUUCGGAGGUCAUGAUGACCAUGAAGCUUUAGCUUAUGGAGCUCGUAUGGCGGAGCACCCAGGGAUCAACCUGGUUGUGGUCCGGUUCAUUCUGGAUCGUGACAUGGCCAAUUCAGGCUCAGUGGGUGUUGAUAUCGAUGAACCCACCACUAUCGAGGCACGAUCAAUGGAUGACGAUGUGAUUGCGGAUUUCAAGGAGAAGGUUAUGAAGAACACCACCAUUAAGUAUGAGGAGAGGGUGGUCGGAACUGCUUCAGGGGCAAUCGAGGCGAUUCGUGAACAUAGCCGGUGCCACCUGAUUCUGUGUGGGAGGAUGCCGGAGGGUGAGCUGGUGGCGUCCAUGAGGCAGAAGAGUGAGUGCCCGGAGAUGGGACCAAUCGGGAAUUUGUUGAUCUCGCCGGAGAUGUUGUCUCCGGCGUCUGUGUUGGUGGUGCAGCAGUAUCAUACUCAGCUGUCGAUGCACUCUCUGGCUUCUUUGAAGGAAGAUGAAGUGACCACUGAUCAAGGAGAAUAUGACUCUAAUUAACUAUAAGUUGCUGUGGAUGAUUCGGUCUGGACCGGGCUGGAUCUCGUUAAGAUAACUAGACCGGAGUUCUGGUUGCUUCACAUUUCUAGACCGGACCGGUGGUGGUGAUCUAGCGUUAGUGUAUAUGAGAGGAAAAUAAAAAAAAAGGACGUACAUGUGUAACAAUGCACAUUUAUCGAUUUCGUGGAAUGUUUGGGUUUAUGUAAAUCUUUUUUUGUUUUUGUUUUUUCUGAAUAUUUCGAGUACUCUGUAAUUAUGCUCAAAAAGUUGUACAUUAUUAUGUAUGUGUUUUAUCUCAUGGAAGAAGCUCGAGAAAAGACAACUUUACAUUUA